AUCACCAAGUCAACAGCCUGUUUACCAGUAGUCUGUGUACACAGGCGCGUGCGCACGUGAGUUAGUUCGGUUCUGGUCGCGAUGGUGAAAGUGGAAAUAAAGCAGGGCUGGCUGGAGGGGGAGCAGCUGGAGACUUCCACUGGAGAAGGGAAGUUCUUCAGCUUCAAGGGAAUACCGUAUGCUGCUCCUCCGUUGGGGAAACUGAGGUUCAAGGCACCCCAACCACCCUUGGCAUGGAAUGGCAUCAGAAAAGCCACCAAAUUCGGGCCUAAAUGUCCACAAGUAGAUAUUUUUACCGAAGAGUUGAUCUCAGAAAGCGAAGACUGUUUAUACCUAAACGUUUACUCGCCAAACCUUAACCCUGGAACUCCAUUGGCUGUCAUGGUAUUCAUUCAUGGAGGAGGCUUCAAAAGUGGCUCAGGAGAUGACGACUACUAUGGUCCAGACUUUCUAAUGACCCAUAAUGUUGUAUUAGUUACAAUCAACUACAGACUAGAUGCUCUGGGGUUCUUAUGCUUGGACACUGAAGAGGUCCCUGGGAAUGCCGGCAUGAAGGAUCAAGUCCUCGCUUUAAAGUGGGUUCAAGAAAAUAUUGCCAAAUUCGGCGGAGAUCCGAAUAAUGUGACCAUAUUUGGAGAGAGCGCGGGGGGCUCGUCGUGUGGAUUACAUGUUCUUUCUCCUAUGUCGAAAGGUCUCUUUAAGAGAGCUAUACCGAUGAGUGGAGUGCCGUUUUGUGACUGGAGCCAGGCGUUUCAUCCCCGGAAAAGAGCCUUCGUACUCGGCAAACAAUUAGGCUUAGAAACUGAUGAUCCAAAUGAGCUUCUGGAAUUUCUACAAUCGCUUCCAGUUGAAAAAUUAAUCAGCCCUAAUCCAUGCUUACUUGCUGCAGAGGAAAUCACGUGCAAUAAUCUUAAGAUGUUUCACUUUACGCCUGUUGCAGAAAAAAAUUUUGGUCAAGACCAUUUCUUAACUGAAGCGCCUUUUGAUGUAUUGAAAAGCGGCAAAAUAAACGACGUCGAUGUUUUGAUUGGUUGUACGAACAUGGAAGUAUUGGUAGGCAUACCAUUUUUGGAGAAAGGUCUGUUAAAACAAUACAAUAGGUACCCAGAAUUGUUAGUACCUAGGAAAAUAUUGAAUGAAUGUCCACCUUCGAAAAUUCUAGAAAUUUCAGACAAGAUUCGAGCACAUUACUUUGGAAAAAAACAAAUGACCUUUGAGAAUAUGAAGGAAUUCCUUGUUUAUGCGAAUGAAUGUACCUUUACUUAUGACGUGUACAGAUACUUGACUCUGCUAAGAGGUGUUGGAAAGUCUAAGAAGUAUUUUUAUAGAUUUUCAUGUUACUCCAACCGAAAUGUUUUUGGUGCUUCUGGACAAAAGUAUGGAAUUACAGGAGCUUCGCAUUUAGAUGACCUGAUGUACUUGUUUGACUCCAAACGUGCUAAUAUUAAGAUGGAAAAGAAUAGUAAGGAAUAUAAAAUGGUGAGAUUGGCUUGCACCUUGUUCACCAACUUUGUUAAAUAUGGGAACCCUACACCAGAUUCUUCCUUGGGCGUAUCUUGGCCGGAGUAUGAUGACAAAGAAAACUACGGCGAUAUAUCUGAGUCCUUGACAAUUGGACAGAAAUUAGAUUCAGAAAGCGUCGCUUUUUGGAAAUCUAUCUACGAUUACGCUGGUUUACAAUUUCUAUAUACACAAAGAAAUUUCAGAAUUAAUAUUACCUUUGCGGUGAUUGGUGAUCAAUUAAGAUAUUCACUUGAAAUGUCCACCUUUUUAAAAAACAACAAUUUCUCUUCCCAGAUUAUUUAUGUCGAAUCGACCGUCGUCCAGGUAAACGAAGGGCUAUUACUGGGAGUUCGCAGACCCACGUCCACUGGUCGAGGGGAGUACUACAGUUUUAAAGGGAUUCCUUAUGCGGAGCCGCCAGUUGGAAAUCUCAGAUUUAAGGACCCUAUACCUCACAAGCCAUGGACAGGGCUAAGAGAAGCACUUGUACACGGCCCUAGGUGCGUCCAAUUUGACAGACUAAUAUUCGGAACCUAUUUACCAGGCAGCGAGGACUGUCUGUUUUUAAAUGUCUACACACCUGACCUCACGCCAGAGAAACCUCUGCCAGUGAUGUUUUACAUUCAUGGAGGUGCAUUUAUGACUGGAUCAGGAAACUCACUUAUAUACGGCCCAGAUUUUAUAAUGGAUAAAAAAGUUAUUUUAGUUACAACCAACUACAGGCUGGAUGCUUUGGGAUUUCUCAAGCUAGAUACGAAGGAUGUUCCAGGCAAUGCUGGAUUGAAAGACCAGAACUUGGCGUUGAAAUGGGUUCACGAUAACAUCCACAAAUUCGGCGGCGACCCUAACGAGGUGACUCUUAUUGGACAGAGUGCAGGGUCAGCGUCAGUGACGUAUCACAUGAUGUCACCGAUGUCCAAAGGAUUGUUCAAGAGAGCCAUAGCCCUGAGCGGCGUACCAUUUUGCGAAUUUGCAAUCUCGUAUGAAUUAACAAAACGGUCAUUCGCUCUCGGUAACUUAUUAGGCAGCAACACAACUGAUCCUGACGAAAUGUUAAAAUUCCUGCAAGAACAGCCAGCUUAUAGUCUUGUCAAUAAGGUGCCUAUCGUAAUACCAGAAGAAGAAGAAUGGCAAUAUAUUCAAUUGAAAAUGACGGCGUUCCAACCUGCUCCAGAAGAAGACUUAGGGCAAGAACGAUUUUUGGUCGAACCUCCAAAUGAGUCGCUUAAAAGAGGGAACGUCGCUGCAGUAGACUUGCUGAUUGGGUACACUAGUUUGGAAUACCUAUUCUUAUUGACAAAAAUCAACAAUUCACUCGAAAAAUACAACAAUAUGCGCCAAUUAUUAGUUCCUCGUGAAAUUUUGCUGUAUGGAAAAAACAAUGUUGACCCGAACGCAUUAGCCGCUAAAAUAUCUGAACAAUAUUUUGGAAACAGAGCCAUAAAUAUUGUAACAUUAAAAGAGUAUCUUAAGUAUCAAAGCGAUGAAAUAUUUGUUUAUAACGUCAAUAGGUUUUUAAAACAUCUGCCUGGUGGAAAUAAGAGGUAUCUUUACAAAUUCUACACUUUGUCAGAAAGGAACCGGUUUUCUUCACAAGGGGUGCCGUUGGGAAUUUUUGGAUUGGCGCAUUCAGAUGAUUUGUUGUAUUUAUUUGAAUCUAUUGUUACCCUUGGUAGACCAGUAGCCCUAUCACCAGAGAUCUUCAGACUCGUUAAUCAAACAGUUACGUUGUUCACAAAUUUUGUUAAAUAUGGGGAUCCAACUCCGACUCCUGACGUUUCUCUCGGCGUGGACUGGCCCGAGUACGACAACGAUUCCAAGGGCUACCUGAUCAUCAACUCCACGCUGCGCGUUGACAGAGCUCCUGAUGCUGACGUCAACGAAUUCUGGACUGGCAUAUACGAGGAAGAGGUAGCACUGCUUAUGAUUCCACUGUGGCGAAAUUUGCCGACUAAUGCUUACAAUACAUACAGUGCAAAAUCACUUCUGAAAUCACCAUUUGCUUUGAUUCAAUUCAUUUGGUUAGACGUUUCGGAGACGUUUCCGUUUUGUUCGUCAAGAAAUAUGGCGGUUCAAGUGUCUAUUGAAGAUGGUAUCCUCGAAGGAGAGCUGGUGGCGAAUGAGUAUGGCGGGAGGUUCUGCAGUUUUAGAGGAAUACCGUAUGCGGAACCUCCUAUUGGUGACUUAAGGUUCAAGCCACCCAAACCGGCGAAACCAUGGAAAGGGGUGCGACAAGCCAAAGCAUUUGGGCCCGUUAGCCAUCAGUUUGAUAUCUUAGAAGCAAAGUCUAUAAUAGGAAGCGAGGAUUGUUUGUACAUCAACGUCUACACCCCAAGUGUAAAGCCCAGCUCCCCUCUCCCAGUGAUGGUCUGGAUCCAUGGUGGGGGGUACAUGUGGGGCAGCGGCAAUGACAACAUGUACGGCCCAGAAUUCCUCAUAAGGCAUGACGUAAUUUUAGUAACUUUCAACUACAGAUUAGGCGUUCUUGGAUUCCUCUGUUUGGACACAGAAGACAUCCCUGGAAACGCCGCAAUGAAAGACCAGGUUCUUGCCCUCAAAUGGGUACAGAAAAACAUCAGUCGUUUUGGAGGAGAUCCAACUAACGUCACUAUUUUCGGAGAAAGUUGCGGGGCGACUAGUGUUGGGUUCCAACUCCUAUCACCUAUGUCCAAAGGACUUUUUAAAAGAGCUAUCAUCCAGAGCGGGUCUCCUGUUAAUUACUGGGCCUCAGCUUUUGCGCCCCGUGAAACUGGCCUGACUAUAGCUCGCAAAUUGGGAUGCCUCUCUGAAGAUGAUAAGGAGUUAUACGAGUUCUUCAAAAACCAGCCACCGGAAGCGUUUGUUAACGUAAGCGAAUCUGCAACGCUAUCCAAGAAGCCGUGCCAAACAUUUCUGGGUGUUGUAGAUGAGAAAAAAUUUGGUGAAAAUGAAAGAUUUUUCUACGGAGACAUCUUUGACGCUUUGCAAAACAAUAUAAAUAAAGACGUUGAAGUUAUUGUGGGAUACACUGAACAUGAAGGAGUAUUGGCGUUUAUUUUCAACUUGUGUGGUGAUGUUAAUAAUUUCUUCAAAUUUAUAAAUGACUAUGUGGAAAGUUACGUUCCUAAACGCAUGAUGAUUGAAUGUCCAUUGAAAGACCAGUUAGUUUUGGCGAGAAAAGUGAAACAGUUUUACAUGAAAAACAAAUUUGCUUCAAUGGACACCAUUGAAGAGCUUCUGCGAUUUUUGAACAUCGACUUUUUUAUAUUUGAAAUAAUAUGUUGGGCCAAGUUUUGUGCGAAGAGAACUAACACUUAUUUGUACAAGUUCACUUGCAAAUCUGAACGCAACCAGUUAAUGAAUGUAUUACGGGCGGUAGAAAUCUUCAAAGAUAACAAAUCUUUAGUUUGUCACACGGACGACUUGCCUUACUUGUUCCCGGUUAAAAUAACCAAUCAGAAAAUAAAUAUAAGCCCUGAAAGUUUCAAAUUAAUUGACAACGUCACAAAGUUGUGGACAAACUUCGCAAAAUAUGGGCACCCCACACCAGAUGACUCUCUCGGCGUGAAAUGGACUCCAUUCACUACCGAAGGUCAGGAAUACCUGGAUAUUGGGAACACUCUGGCUACCAAAUCCCACCCGGAGCAGGAAGAUGUGGAGUUCUGGGAAGAUUUGUAUCGGGAAUAUUUACCGCGUUGCAUUGUCUAAGGAUUAAGCAAUCGUAAUAUUAAAUAUUAUUAAGAUAAGCUAAUUAUUUUUUUUUCUAUUUAUUAGUGAAGUAGUUAUUAGUCUGAACGUUUUUAUUUUCUUGGAAUUGCGACUCAUUUUGGACAAUCUCACUUCACAAAACGUGACGAUGAGAUCCAAAGUGAAGCACAUUUUUUCAUAAUUAUAUUUUUUACCCUCCACGAAGAAGCUUGGCUUUCAGACAUUUAGGUGAAGUUUUUGUUGAAAAAAAAAGUGCUUCGAGACUUAAUAUCAAACCAAAUCAAAUCAAAUUAGUUUAUUGCAAUUGUAGGUACAUAUAAUACAUUGAUGGGUCUUAAAUUUAAACGUGAAUUGUUCAGCUACAAUUUGCCAAGCAGAUGGCGUGCAAUAUAUAAAUGGUUACUUAAUACUAACCUGUUCAUUUUAUAAUUUUACAUGCAAACAUUUUAUGAUCACAUUUUUAAUUUGUCCAGGAGGAAUUCGUUAAUGGAGUAGUACCUAUGCCUUCUCAACCAGAAAGUAAAAUAAGAACUGACAUAAUAAGAAUCAGACUGGUGAUGCACCAUGUUUCGCCAUGAUGAAGGCAUGACAAAUAGAUUUCAAAGAUUAAUGUCUUUUUAAACACUCCACUGUUUACAAUGCCUGUGUGUUUAUGUAAAUUCUGUACAAUUUACAUCGUCUAUUGUCAGCGAAUUACCUUAGAAUCACCUCCAGAUAGAAGUCAAACUAAUGGACGUCAUUCGUAACUUAAGGUCAAGUCAGUAACUGAAACUGGUACACUUGCAUAUCAGUUCCCUGGACGUGCCACCAACUGUCAUGUGAUACGCUAAAUGGCAUGCCUGAGUCCAGCAAGAUUAGAU